GUGGCUUCUGUCAAAUCGUUUGAGUUGAAUUGUUAAUUGUAGUAACUAAAAUUGUUCAGUAUAUAAUCGACAUUUGAGAAUUUACUUAAAUGUGCAUAUAUUUUCUAAAUAUUAAAUUUUGCGAGGCGUUUGAAAACUGUUACAAGGCAAAGUCCUGUCCGUUGAACUGUGCAACUAUGUCCGAUAAUCCGUGCAUAUUCUGUUUAGAUGAGCAGCGAAACCCGCGACACAUCCGAUGUGGGCAUUCCUUCUGCGCGGAUUGCUUUGAGCACUAUCUGAAGCUGGGUCUGGAUUCCCGUUGUCCACUUUGUCGGCUAGAUUUUCGAGGCGAUGGCGCAGACGAUGCUCGCAGCAUUAUCACAAGCAACCAGGGCAGACGACAGGAGACGGCAAUAGGACUGGGCGAUCUUUAUACGAAUUUCGACUAUCAGAAUGACAUUUUGAUGCUGACCCUUAGCGAGCAGGAAUGUCGACUAUUUGAAGAACUUCACCAGGAGGUACUGCAAAGGCUUGCCAACGAGGGUUGAGCUGUUACCUGUAAUAGUUUCCUUGUGGUCAAUGUUCUGUUAAUCUUGUUUAUAUUUAUAUAAGAAUAUGUGUUCAUAUUUAUUCACUCAGCAUUCAAAGAAUUACAUUUUAAUGCAACUCCAAGAA